UCUUUCACGAGCUUCACUCAGCUGUGCUCUCAUCGAUCCGCCCCGAGACUUUUGGCAGGAGGAAACCCGUUUCGACUGCGGCUCCUUCUUCCCCCUCCAAGAUGGAGGCCUUAGGGGGCUACCCUGCCAAGUCCUCCAACCCGAAAGCGAAAAAGUUAACAGUUCUGCUGAGCAUGACAGUCGGCGUGGGCUGUUUGUUCCUCCUGCAGACGCAGCUGGUGAAGCCGAGAAAACCAGCGGACUUUUAUUCUUUCGAGGUGAAAGACGCGAAGGGGAGGACGGUCUCCCUGGAGAAGUACCGAGGAAAAGCUUCCUUGGUUGUAAACGUGGCGAGUCACUGCGAGCAUACGGAGGCGAACUACAGGUCUCUGCAGGAGCUCCACCGGGAGCUGGGCACCUCUCACUUCAACGUGCUGGCCUUCCCCUGCGGUCAGUUCGGGGACACAGAGACCGGGACCAGCCGGGACAUCGAGGCUUACGCUAAGUCCACCUACGGCGUCACCUUCCCCUUCUUCAGCAGGAUCAAAAUAAUGGGCUCAGAGGCCGACCCUGCCUUCAGGUUCCUCACAGAUUCUGUGCAGAAAAUCCCAAAGUGGAACUUCUGGAAGUUUCUGGUGAAUCCAGAGGGGAAGGUGGUCCGGUUCUGGCGAACGGACGAGCCCAUGGAGAGCGUUAGGCAAGAGGCCACAGCGUUGGUGCGAGACAUCAUCCUGAAGAAACGGGUGGAGCUAUGAUGGAGCUCGUCUGUAGAUGAUGGACACAUUUCUCUGUGUGACGUCUGUGUUUCCUGUGCUUUGACAGCAGAGGGACGACUGGACUGUGAACUGUUACAGCGAGUGUGGUUGGGUGAUGUUUCCCUCCAGAAACAUGCGGGCUGGAAAGAGCCACGAAGGCAGUGGAGGGUUGUCAAAAUGUGUGUGAGAGUGUGUGUGUGUUCCUGUGGAGACCAUCCUGUGGUUAAUAAUGACAGUCGUGAUGACCACUGCUGCAGCUGAAGGACUGUUUAACCAUUCAGGUGUUGGAUCUUACAGUCGUUCAGUUUGGCUUAGUUUCUGCUUUGUACCAUCUGUCUCUGACGUUUACAUCAAAGUCCAUCCUUCCUUCAGUGAGGCGUUUCAUUUUGGCCCUUUCUGACUGAUUUGAGCCUCGCGAAUUGUGAAGCUUCCACUCCGAGAAUAAAAGUAUUUCGUAAUUAUUUCA